AUGAAAUAAAACAUUCAAAAACCCAAGUUUAGUCAGGUCAUAAUGAAUUAAUAUUUUAAAGAGAAAGCAGAGCUUGAUAAUUCUUUUAAGUAAAUUUAAAAAAGCAUUCUUCAAAAAUUUGAGGAAAAAUUAAAUGCCAAAAACAUUUUUUUAUUGUACUUUUAAACUUUAACUAAUCUAAAUGAAUAUCGAUAUAUGGGAUAAACAUUACAUGUAGAAGAUGAAAUAAGGGAGUAUUUAUAAAGUCUGCCUCUUCAUACCUUUUUCCCUUAAAGGAUUUGGGAUUUUAGUUUUACAAAAUAAUUUCUAUAAAAGUUUUAAUCUCUCAAAGAAGAUGAAGUAAUUAGAGUUGUUUUUUUAAUUAGGAGCAUACUUUAAGGAAGAUUUAAUAAAUAAAAUUAUUAAUGGAUUAAUGUGAAUCAGAUCUAGGUUGGUAGUAUCAAAUUUCCAUUUUAACAUGACUUUGAAUUAGACUUUGCUGUUGAAGGCCGAAUUACAAUGAUGUUUUAAGUGUUUCCCAAAAAAUAUCCUCUUAUGGAUAAUUCAGAUCAUCCAACUUAAUUUGAUUUUGUUCAUGAAUUGAUAUUUGUCGAGUUGAAUGAAGGUACGCAUUAGAAAAACCCAUAACCAUAUGAAAAAUACCUUAAAGCUCAAUAAAGCAAACCAAACUUUUUUACCGAUAUGAAAUUUAUUUAAGAAAAUGGAGAUAAAAAAAAAAUUAAGUACUUAAGGGUUGGGGAAGCCAGUGAAAAUCAAUGCUUAUUGUUGGGACCAAGAAUAUUUAGACCGUUAUUAUGUUAGGGGAGAUAAUUUAAUUAUAAUUAUAAGUUAAACCUAUGGAUGACGAUAGAAGAUGAAGAAAAAUAUUAUAAGAAAUUAAAAUAGAUAGAAGAAAUAAGAUAAAAUAAUUAGAUUAUAAGAAAUUAUUGUUUUUUGCCUUCUUCAUAAUAAUUAUUAACAAUCAUAAAAAACAUCCCAAAUUUUAGAGUAAAAUUAACUGAAGAGUAAAAAAAUGUGAUUUCAUAUGGAGGGGAUGCUUUAGUAAUUGGUAGAAGUGGAACAGGUAAGACAACAUGUGCACUUUUAAAAUUAUUCUCUACAGACAUUUUGUACAAAUUGAGAAUCAAAUUAAAUUAGAUAAAAUCAUCAUCUACAGAUAUUAUAUUAUCUUAAUAAGAUUAAAAUUCUUAAUUAAAGACAAUCUUUGUAACUGCAAGUCCAUUAUUGGCCUGUUAAGUCAAAAGAUUAUAUGAUUAAUUAGUCAAUAAUAUCCAAAAUGCAAUUAAUACUAAAAGACAGAGGACAAAAUAGGAUUAAUAAAUGAAUCCUUAAUCCUAAAAUAUUGAUUUAGAAUAGAGUACUUUCUAAAUAAUUGAAGCACUUUAAUAAAAUGAUGAAGAUAUUGAUGGUAAUAAUCAAUAAGAAACUUAGAACGAUAAUGAAAUAGAAGAUGAGGAGAUCAAUGAGUUUGAAAAAGAGAUGGGAAAAUUUAAUAAAUUUAGUGAAAUUCAAUAAUUCCCAGUUUUCUUAACACUACGUAAAUUAUUGGCUCUUAUUGAUUCCUCCCUUCUCCAUUCUUUUUUUAAGGUCUUUGGGGGAUAUUAAAAUAAAUUAUCUUAAUGGCAUAAUGAAUCUUCUGGUCUUAUGACACUGGAUAAAAACUAAACUGCUUAGCCAUUUAAUGAAGAUCUUCUAUAUAAACAUAUUAGUCUAAUUGACAAUCAAGAAUUUAUUGAAACCAAUUUACAAGAAGUCACAUUGGAGGUUUUCGAGAGAGUGUUUUGGCCUAAGAUAGUAAAAGAUUUGAAGUAGGAAUAUUAUGAUGUAUCAACUUUUGAUCCAACUUUGGUUUGGAGUGAAAUUUGCACAAAAAUCAAGGGUCAUGAAACCUCACAUGAAUAUCCCGAUAAAUACAUGAAUUUUGAAAAUUAUUCUUAUUAUCAUAGAGUAUUAUCAGAGGUAUAGACAAAAUUACUUUAUAAAGCAUUUGAGACUUAUGAGAGAUUAAGACAAAGUUAUGGAUAUUAUGAUUUGUUAGAUAUAGUAAAUCAUAUUAACUAUGAAUUAUCUUAAGGGAAUGAUGUGAUUGAGAGUGUUCAUUAUUUAAUGUUGGAUGAACUUCAAGAUGUUCCAAGAGCUGUUCUGGUUUUAUUGGAUAGAAUGGCAGAAUUUGGUUUAUUUUGUUGUGGGGACAAUGCUUAGAACAUAGCCAAAGGAAUAGGGUUUAAGUUUUUUGAAGUAAUCAAAGGAGAAGAUAAUCAAAUCUAACAUUAUUUGAUUUAAAUAUUAAUUUUAGAUCGCACAAUUAAAUUCUUUAGAUUGGCCAACUCCGUUAUCAGAGUCUUAGAGAUUUGUUUCCCAUACAAAAUUGAUAGAUUAAAGAAGGAAACAUCUGAUUUAACUGGACCAAGACCUGUUGUCUUAUAAACAGACUCACCAUAAGACCUGUUGUCUUACAUUUAAGAAUUUUUCACAAAUGACCGCAAAACAGUUGAGUUUGGAUGUAAUUAAGCUAUCAUCGUUAAGGAUCAAGAAUCAAAGGAAAAAUUACCUUAAGAACUGUAAAAUGCCUUGGUUCUUACUAUUUAUGAAGCAAAAGGAUUAGAAUUUGAUGAUGUAAUUCUGUAUAACUUCUUUAAUGAUUGCACUACUUCUGUAGAUGAUUGGAAAAUCUUGAAUGAAUUCGAGGUUAAUUCAGUCUAUAUGUCUGAGGAAGGAUUUAAAAAUUUCUAAACAGUCCAUCAAUCUGAAAUUGUAACAUCUGAUUACAAUGCUUAGAACAAAUUGAUCGAAAUUAAAUAGCUUAAGUUAAAAGAAAGGGACUAAAAAAAAGCAAAAUCCUAGGAUGCCUUUUCGGAAUAUAUUUCUUUAUGUUAAGACUUGAAAUAACUGUAUGUGGCUAUAACCAGACCAAAGAAAAGGUUAAUAAUAUUUGAUUAGUCUAUUAAAAAACGAAUUAUAAUGCAAUCUAUCUGGGAGAAAUUGGAUGUGGUAAAUAUUGUUUAGAAAAAGGAUAUCUAGGUUUCUGACACUCAAUUCAUCCUUGAACAUACUGUAGAUAAUUAAGCUAAUUGGAAAAAAUAAGGAUACAAAAUGUUUAGACUCAACAAUUAUGAUUAAGCAGCGAAGUGCUUUAAGUUUUCUGGUGAUGAGGAACUAGCGAAGAAAUCCAAAGCCUAUUUUUUGGCCACUUAAGGUAAUAUUUUUAACGAGAAUAAGGAGAAUUAUAUUGCAGCAGCAAAAUUAUUUGAACUAGAUUAACUUCCCUUUAAGAGCAGCAUAAUGUUAUUUUUCAGGUAAAGAAUAUAUCAAAGCUUAUGA